CGCAUCUCGGUCCAUCAGCGCAGAGAACAGAGUCCAGGUGGCUGAGAGGAUGAUUUACGUUCACACACUGUUGCGCCUCGCAGGAUUCACGGGAUAAAAAAUGGCAACUGUAACUUCAGUUCUUACCCUUUGGUAGAAAAACAAAAGCUUUGGGGCCUUUUAUUUCUCCUCACUAAGCAGGGUAAUUAAAGAAAUUGCAUACUGACAAGCGACAAGAAGAAGUUGGACGUCAUUUCUUUGAGGUCUCACUGCUAUAAACUAGGAUUACGCGGCUUCCGUGCUCUUCUGCUCGUCAACCGGUCGCACUCCGCUCGCUCCCUCUGCUCAGUUGUGACCUCCUGCAGAGAGGGGACUGAGGUGUGGAUGUGAAGUGUGACUGACGGCGGGGUUUGAACGUCUUCAGCAGGGUCAGUGCGACCCAGAGGCCCCAACGGAUCAGUCAGGACAUAUCAUUGUGACCCCAGACCAUGGCCUACACCCUGGGCUCCACCACUGAUGGCCCGCCGCGCAGUGUCGGACCUCAGCACUGCGUCACCCGGGUGGAGCUGUCCGUCACCGCAGCGAGCCUGCUGGACCGAGAUGUAGCCUCCAAGUCCGACCCCUUCUGUGUUCUCUUCCAUGAGGUUGACGGAAACUGGGUGGAGCUCAGUCGCACUGAAACAGCAGUGAACAACUUGAACCCAGUGUUUGGGGUAAAGUUUCACGUGGACUACCAUUUCGAGCAAAUCCAGAAGCUUCGCUUUGCCAUGUUCGAUGAAGACAAGUGUGCCACACAGCUCUACGAACAUGACUUCCUGGGAGAGUUCGUUUGCACGCUAGGGGUGAUUGUGUCUAAUAAGAAACUCCACAGACCGUUGGUAUUAGCCAAUGGGAAACCAGCUGGGAAAGGAUCCAUUACGAUAACAGCUCAGGAGCUGUCUGACAACAGAAUCAUCACUUUGACCCUGAGUGGGCGUAAACUGGAUAAAAAGGAUUUCUUUGGGAAGUCAGACCCCUACCUGGAGUUUCACAAACAGGGAGAAGACAGCAAAUGGAUGCUGGUGCACAGGACUGAGGUCAUAAAGAACACUUUGGAUCCUGCGUGGAAAUCUUUCACCGUGCCGCUAAUUUCUCUCUGCAACGGAGAGGUGGACAGAAACAUCAAGGUCCUCUGUUACGACUACGACAACGAUGGAGGCCAUGACUUCAUAGGGGAGUUUCAAACCACGGUGGCCAAGAUGAGUGAAGCCCAGAACUCAGUGGAGGUAGAGUUUGACUGCAUCAACCCCAAGAAACAGAAAAAGAAGAAGAAUUAUAAGAACUCUGGCUUCAUCAUUGUCAAGAUGUGUAAAAUUACAAGGGACUACACUUUUCUGGACUACAUACUUGGAGGAUGCCAGCUGAUGUUCACGGUCGGUAUAGACUUCACUGCAUCUAAUGGGAACCCUCGAGAGCCGUCCUCCCUCCACUACAUCAACCCACUGGGCAGCAACGAGUAUCUCGCUGCCAUUUUAGCUGUGGGACAAAUUAUACAGGACUAUGAUACCGACAAAAUGUUUCCUGCCCUGGGAUUCGGAGCUCAACUCCCUCCAGACUGGAAGGUGUCACACGAAUUUGCCAUCAACUUUGACCCCACCAACCCCUUCUGCUCAGGUGUGGAGGGUAUCGCCAAGGCCUACUCCGCCUGUCUCCCUCACAUUCGUUUCUACGGCCCGACCAACUUUGCGCCGAUCAUCAGCCAUGUAGCACGUUUUGCUGCGCAGGCACUUCAACAAGAGAAAGCAGCGCAGUACUUCACUCUCCUCAUUAUAACCGACGGUGUCAUCAGCGAUAUGGACGAGACGCGUCACGCCAUCGUACAGGCGUCUAAGCUUCCCAUGUCCAUCAUCAUCAUCGGUGUGGGCAACGCAGACUUUGCUGCUAUGGAGUUCUUAGAUGGAGACGCCAGCGUUUUAAGGUCCAACACGGGAGAAGAGGCUGUCCGCGACAUUGUGCAGUUUGUCCCGUUCAGAGAUUUCCGAAAUGCACCCAAGGAGACCCUCGCUAAAUCCGUUCUAGCCGAGCUGCCUCAGCAGGUCGUCCAGUACUUUAAACAGCGGAAUCUACCGCCAACCAACACAGCGGCAAAGUGAUGCAAAGUUGUCACAGGUUGUUUGGUCAGUAUGCAGUUUGGAUCCAUUGGGAAGGAUGUUCUCUGUUUCUUAAAGCUUUCCAAGACAUCAUAAAAAUAAAGUUUAAAAGACCUUUCAUGUCUAUAGUGAGGGCAGGUGUCUCCGAGUGAUGUGGAAGUUUAUGAACUGGCCUUUUUCUAAGAGAAAUUACAAAUAUCUUGUUUACGAGUUGUUUACGAUUUUCUUUUUGUCGCUUUUUUUGCAUGUGUGUGUUGUGAUGGAUACCAUGUGAUGCAUACAACUUAUUGGUGUAGAUCCUCUUCUCAGCUGAAACGUGUCAGCGGUUGAAUCCCUUCCCUUUGUCUCACGGUCACCGUUUCAGGCUGUUUGCUAUUGUGUUCACGUGUGGCAGAAACACACACACACACACACACACUCAGCACUAUUUCUUCAAGUGUCAAAAAGCCAAUUGUGUGAAGGGCGAGUUUCAACGCUCCACUGUGCUUGUUUGAUUCAAGAGGAGAGAACCGGAGGAGGACGAGGCCGUGCUGGCGGCUGUAGCACUGACUUGGACUCGGGACUCUUUGUGAACUCGUCAGGCUUUUAGAUAAUGGGGCCAUUUUGCUUCCUUCUGUUUGUCAUGAUUCAGUCCAUCCCGCAUGAUGCCGAUAUCUACGCACCGUUUACAAACUGAUGUUCACCGAUGCAUGUUUGUUUUUUCAAAUGAUGUAUUUAUUAGAUUUUGUAAAUAUUUAAUGAGAUUGGAGGGAAGGGAGGGAAGUGUAUCACAGCAACGACAGUCGUGUCAGAGAAGGAUGUUUACGUUUUAAGGAUUGGAGGCAUAAGAGGAGUUUCUGAUAUGCAUAUAUAUAUAUAUACAUAUAUAUAUAUAUAUAUAUAUAUAUAUAUAUAUAUGCAUAUCGAAUGUAUAUUUAUAUGAUGCUGUCAUGUUCUCAAGCCAAUGUUUCUGACAUGUUUUAAUGUACUUUUUAUGCAGUGCCGAAUUGUGUAUCUAAACUACUUUAAUAUGUAUUGUUGUGCAUCUUUGUACUAAUUGUGUUGCAGUUCAUUUUCUAAAGUUGUGUCCAUGUGCACACUCAGGUUAAUAAACUGAAGGAAUGCUCAUGUU